CGGCGGCGGGAGCGAAGGCGGAAGCGCGGUGCCCGCUCCGGGCUGCAGAGGGACCCACCUGCCGGUCGCCGCGCUCAGGGUCACAGCAGCUUCGAGGGGAGCCGGCAUGGCCGGGACGGGGCUCGCCAACUUCUUCCGAAACAGCUUGCGGCGCAAGUCGGCUCGAAGAGAUGUAAAUCAGGACGCACCCCCGGACGAAAGCAAAUCCGAAUCUGCAAGGAGGCCGGGAGAGCGAAGCCACUUCUGCUACUCACCAGGACAGUUCUUCUUCGAAUACCUCGUCGUGGUUUCACUAAAGAAGAAAUCAGGGGGUGAUUAUGAACCCAAGAUAAUCUACCAGUUCCCAAAGCGUGAGAACUUACUGCGGGGCCAGAAGGAGGAGGAAGAGAGGCUGCUGCAAGCCAUCCCCCUCUUCUGCUUCCCCGACGGCAAUCACUGGGCCCCACUCACGGAAUACACCAGUGAAACCUUUUCGUUUGUCCUGACCAACGUUGAUGGCAGCAGAAAGAUAGGCUACUGCAGGCGGCUGCUGCCUGUUGGCCGGGGCCCUCGUUUCCCAGAGGUCUUCUGCAUCAUCAGCUGCCUGGGCUGCUUCGGAUUGUUCUCCAAGAUCCUCGAUGAAGUGGAGAAGAGGCGGCAGAUCUCCAUGGCCGUCAUUUACCCCUUCAUGCAGGGCCUCCGCGAAUCCCCCUUUCCGGCUCCGGGGAAAACGGUCACCAUUAAAAGCUUCAUCCCUGAUUCUGGAACAGAGCUCAUCGAACUCACGCGGCCCCUGGACUCCUGGCUGGAACACGUGGAGUUUCAGGCCCUUCUGCAGCAUCUCAGUCCAGAGAACAUCCUUUGGCUCUUCGCCUCUGCGGUUCUGGAGCGACGGAUUAUCUUCGUGGCAGAGGAGCUCAGCGUCCUGUCCCAGUGCAUCCAUGCCGUGGCAGCUCUUCUCUACCCCUUCUCCUGGGCGCACACCUACAUCCCCGUGGUUCCGGAAUGCCUGAUCGAUACCGUCUGUUGCCCCACACCCUUCAUGGUUGGAGUCCAGAAACGUUGCCUAGAGCAGGUGCUCGAUCAGCCGAUGGAGGAGGUGCUGCUGGUUGACUUGUGCGAAGGGAAGUUCUUAAGAUCGGUUGGCGACGAAAGAGACAUCUUACCGGCCAAGCUGCAGACAGAGAUGCUGACUUCUUUGAAGAUGCACAACAGCAACAACAACAUACAGACAUCUGAACAAGUGAACACCCAUGUCUCCAACACCUUCGUGCAAUUCUUCGUCAAAACUGUUGGCCAUUAUACAUCACACCUCAAGUGGAAUAAGAGCGGCCAGGGCUCCUUUCAGGAGAAGGCGUUCUGCAAAGCCAUCACCUCCAGGUCCUGCCGCAAGUUUGUGAAAAGAUUUGUGAGGACUCAGAUGUUUUCCCUCUUUAUCCAGGAAGCGGAAAGGAGCAGGAUAACCCAAGAAGGGUAUUUCCAGCAGAAAGUAACUGAAUAUCAAGAACAAAAAAAGAAACAAAGGAGAAAUUCCUGAAGUACUGUUCUGAAAGAGGGGAGCCUGGCUGGGCUUGGGCGGAUAUCUUCCUGCAGCAUAAUUCUGACCAGACUGGGUCAGCAUCUCACUCAAAGGCAGAGCGCCCUUUGCUUUGCUGGCUCUGAGCAUCUCUGGAACCUAGCCCCUUUUCCUGUGAAUGAUGAGAUGCCUGGUCAACACAGGAUGCCAUUUUCUUCCCAGUCUCUUCUUUCUCAGGGCAUGAUUGCACUGGAAGCCUCUCUUCUACAUCACUAGCAAACAUGGAUGUGAUUCUUUUAUCCAGGCCAACUGACACCAUGGACCAAGCUGCAGUUCUUAGCCAAAGGGCAGCAUGUGGCCCCGUAAUGAGUUCCUAUUGGAUGACAAUCACGGACCUAACAUAGAAAUAGAGUGAAAUCGAGGCGGGAUUGUCUGCUUGCUGUAUAAUGGCUAAGAAUGUAGAAUAAUUAAGAUAAAAAUAUUUCUUACUGAUACAUUUUAAUUAUUAAAAAAAAAUCUAAAUUUUCUAGCUGAGACACAUUCUAGCCAAUAUGUAUUCCUGAAGGGCUCCCAUUAAUAAGGUGGUUUCAUGUUCUUUUUAUAGCGAACAGCUUCAUUGUUCCAGACUUACAUGAGCUAAAAACAACUCUGCAGAUUUUGGUGGCACCUUAAAGACUAACAGAUUUAUUUGGGCAUAAGCUUUCUUGGGUAAAAACCCCACUUCUUCAGAUGCAUAGAGUGAAAGUUACAGAUGCAGGCAUUUGCUGCACAUUGGGCUACCCACAUUUGACAUCCUUGCCUGUCACCUGCCCUUCUCUCCAAAUCUUCCCAUUUCAUGUUGAGGUGCUGUCAGGCAGUAGAGAGAGAAAAAGGGAGGUGGCAGCCAUUUUGAAGAUAGCUCAUUGUGCAGUUCUCUGAAGGUGUAGUUCUCUGGAACUGCUGAAGAAAGUUAUGAAGAAUAACUGCAAGGAAUGAUCAUUAAACCUAAGAUUUCUUCAAAUGCAGAAGAUUUCCAUGAGUUUUAACUAUAUGGGAAGUUUGAAGAGUCUGUAUUAUCCAGUAAAAAAGAACAUUAAGGACAAAAAAAAAAUCUGAACCAGAGUGCUAAAUUUCUUAGAGGACUUAUCAUGUAAAAUGCAUUUUUUUUUUAAAUGUGCUGCAGUGGGUUUGGGGGACAGGAAAUACACAGUGUUCUGAUGUAACAUACA